UUCUUCAGGUUCAUUUCAGAGCUGUAUAAGUCAGUCCUGGCUUUAAUAUUUGCCACCAAAGAAGUCAACAACAAUCCAGAUCUCCUGCCAAAUAUCACAUUGGGGUUCCAGAUGUAUGAUUCCUGUUUCUUUGAUGCCACUUCCCUUCAAGCUACCAUUCAGGUGACAUCGGGGGGCAGAAAAUGGAUUCCAAAUUACCACUGUGGGCCACAACCUAUUGUCCCGGCUAUCAUUGGCGAUAUAUCAUCUUCCUCACUGGCAAUCGCGAGAGUGCUGGGUCUAUGGAGGUUACCUCAAGUAAGUGAUUGUCUUACAACCUUGAGAUUACAAUAUUUCCAAGUUAUAGCACAAAUUUCUGCUUAUAAAAUAUUGAAAAUUUACAUGUAUCUGCAGGUCAGCUAUAUAACUUCACAUCCAUCUUUAAGCAACAAACUGGAGUUCCCUUCGUUUUUAAGAACCACAGCCAGUGCUGGAAGUCAACCACAAGCUUUGAUAGAACUAUGCAAAAAACUGGGGUGGAACUGGAUUGGGUUGGUUGUUUCCUCGAUAGACUACUGUCUCCAAGGAGCCAUAGACUUCCAGAGAAAGGCUGCUACUAAUGGAAUUUGUAUUUCAUUUUUUGAAACCAUUUCAUUUGGUCUCACUGAUCCAAGAAUGGCAGGGUUAGUAGCAAGUAUUAAAAGGUCAACAUCAAGGGUAAUUGUUCUCUAUUGUUCCCCUGCAGAUGUCACCAUGAUAUUUUUGGAAGUCCUUCAGCAGAACCUCACAGGCAAAGUAUGGGUGGGAAUAGAAUCUUGGUACACCACACCAUUGACCCAGGAUAACAAGUUCUGGAAGUUACUUAAUGGCUCUAUAGGGAUUGCCAAGAGUAGAAAAGUUCUCCCAAAUUUCUCCAGCUUCCUCCAGACUCUUCAUCCGUCUGUUUUUCCAAGAAUGUUGUCUAUCUGGCAAUUCUGGGAGACAUUGUUCAAGUGCAAAGGGACUGCUGAUGUUUGGAACAGUAGCAUAUUAAAACCGUAUGAUGACAAUCAAACAUGUACAGGCUUAGAAAGAAUAGUAACUGAUGAUGUCACAGAAUUCAAUGAUCCAAGAUCACAAGCUGUAUAUAUGGCCCACAAUGCUCUCUAUGCCAUUGUUCAUGCUCUUCACAACCUACUGUUUUGUAAACCUGAUGGAAGUCUUUUUACAAGCAAAUUUUGUGCUGAUAUAAAGGAUAUACAACCCUGGCAGGUAUAUAUAGAUGUUUGUAACAGGCCCUACUUGCUCCUUUAUUAUCUGAAGAGAGUUUAUUUCAUCAACACAGCUGGGGAUGAAGUGUCAUUUGAUGCCAAUGGAGACAUCUACGGGUAUUUUGACAUUUUGAACUGGCAUAUAAAUGGAAACAAAGGUCAACAUGUGAAGGUCGGGAUCUUUAAUGAACACAUCAACAGCAGUGAAAAACUCUACAUUAAUCAGAGUGUCAUCUACUGGGCUGGGGGACAAGGGAAGGUAAAUUUUAUCCAAAUAUCAAGGCAAAGCAUAAUUUCAAAAAUUAAUGUGGCUCUUUUAUUUAAGGUUCCAUCCUCAGUCUGCAGUAUGGUCUGUCUGCCUGGCUACUGGAAGGCACCAAUGAAGGGUCGACCUGUUUGCUGUUACGACUGUAAACGAUGUCCAGAGGGGACCAUCUCCAACGGAACAAAUUAUGUUGCUUGUUAUGUCUGCCCAGAAGACCAGUGGCCCAACAGCAGAAGAACCGAAUGUAUUCCUAAAGUCGUCGAGUUCCUUUCUUAUGAAGAGCCCCUUGGUCAAGUGAUGGCCUUGUUCUCCAUUUUGUUCUCCAUCAUCACUUUGAUUGUUCUGUACAUAUUCCUAAAGUUCCGUGACACAGUGGUGGUAAAAGCCAACAACCGGAACCUCAGCUACCUUAUCCUUCUCUCCCUAAACUUUUGCUUUCUCUGCUCCUUGAUGUUCAUUGGUUACCCUACUAGACUGACCUGUACUGUCAGACAAUUUAUAUUUGCAGUUACAUUCUCAUUUUGUGUUUCAUGUAUCUUGGCCAAAACUAUCAUAGUUGUCAUUGCCUUUAAAGCUACCAAACCGGGGAGCAAUUUGAGGGUAUGGCUUGGUCUUAGAACAGCCAUCCUCAUUGUCACGAUUUCCACUUCCUUUCAGAUGAUUAUUAUCUUGGUGUGGUUGGCUAGAUUUCCACCUUUCCUGGAACAUAACUACCAAGUCUUGGUUGGUACCAUCCUUCUAGAAUGUAACGAGGGUUCGACUGUAAUGUUUUACUGUACAUUAGGGUAUUUGAGUGUCUUAGCUAUCAUAAGUUUUGUGGUUGCCUUUCUGGCCAGGAACCUACCAGAUCGUUUCAAUGAAGCCAAAUACAUAACUUUUAGCAUGCUGACCUUCCUUAGUGUUUGGUGCACUUUUAUUCCAGCUUAUCUCAGCACAAAAGGCAAAUAUAUUGUUUCAGUUGUGAUUUUUGCCAUCUUGAUGUCUAGUUUUGGACUCCUGUGCUGUAUAUUUGGUCCAAAAUGUUAUAUAAUCAUCCUGAAGCCUUCAAUGAAUACAAGAGAGUAUUUAGCAUCUAAGUCAAAAUAA